ACUUUUAGCUGUCGGCACAUUGCGCCACGACCUCCGGAGCUAAAGCAGAAAUCGAUCCCGCAUACAUCAUCGAAUUCAGUCGCCUCGUCCCGAACCUUCUCAUCCGGGACUCCCUUUCCCCUUUUCUCCAGGACUGUACAUCUCACACUCAUCAUGGAGUCAGCCUCUAGCUUGCUCGAUUCUGGGUUGUUUGGGGGACUUGCUGGGCGAUUCCCCACCAACUUUUGCAAAUCGAUUGACGAUGGGUGGAGAGCGGAUUAAUGGGUUGCUGCAGGGUCAAUUUCAGCGGGGUUUGAAGGCAGAUAUAGGAAUGGGGGUUGAAUUGGUGGUUUUUGAGCAAUGGCUGGGGGGCCUGAGCGGCGGUAGAUCUUCUCCGUCAUUAUACUUGGCUAUAAAGCCUGGCUUGAUUGAUGCACCCACGUUGGAAUCGCAAUUGUGUGUCGUCCCUCAGAUGAAACUUCUAGGAUAUGUCUUCGAAGGUGGUUGCUUCACACCCCGAACUACGCGUUUCAAUCGUCAUCUGGGGCGCACCGGCCCAGUAGCCUUCGGAGCUGGUCUGAUUCCUCUCAACUCGGGCGCCAGGAGGCUCUGGUCCUGUCUCUUGCAAUUCCGAACUCGCAAGUUUGCACAUCCCUUCCGUCUAUCCCUGGUACCUUACUUAAUUUAUCGACAUCAUUUUGCUGAACCGACGCGUUCCCCAGUCUAUCUCUGCUAAAUCACGUUCAGAGUGUCACCACUUGUUCUGAUCAGUGGAUGCCCUCACACCCCUUCAUAUCCGGCUCCUGCCACACACAACGGAAUGGGAUCCGCAAAUACGGCGCCGUUGGCACCUC